UGUAUAAUUAAAAUUUAUUUAAAAGAAAUUUUACACAACUAUUUUGCCAUUAAUGCAGAAGUAUUUUAUAUAUUUGACUAUAAUUAUUUUAUCAUUUCGUAAUACAUGUUUUGUGAUACUUUCCUUACAUGGAAUAAAAAGAAUCAUGCGAAUUUAAUGCACACUGCCAUUCCAUCACCAAAUGCAACUACGAUAACACGCUAUAGUAGUCUGACUCUUUGAAGAGAGGGGGUCAUUACGUCAAAAAUGUUUCGAAUAAGGGAGCCGCAGUACGUAGAUACGCUCCUGCAAGUCACGAUCACUCUGAAACAUCAACUAUAUACCAGAAACUUUAGAACGGUAGAGAGGGAAUAGGAUCUACGAUCCAUAAUGAAGCACGACGAUCGCGUGGCCAGUGAAUUAACGUCCUGAUAACGAUCAGACGGGUGUUAAUAGAAGCGAUAAGAGCAGAUUGUCAACCAGUGAAAAAUCAACCGGGAAACAAUACUCAUCAGACAUGAAAGUUUUCUGUGUUUCUUUUUCAUGUUGAUUUCCAGUUUGUUCGCACGGUAACGUUGUUUUCUACUGCAUACAGAAAAAAGGUAAGCAUGCCGUUGUUCAAAGCGCGGACCGCUCCUAAGUCUCCUAUAUCAGAAAAGGAAAAAGUUCCGAACGGUGGAGCUCAUUACCAUAAUCAUCAUAAUCAACCAAAUGACAACGAAAAUGAUCAAGAAAGGUCUGAUGGAACUUGGAACCAACAACAGAAUGGUAACCAAGAGCAAAGACGAUCUUCCAGGGUCUCUAAACGUCCUCUAACGUUCCACUGUCAACUGGCACAUGGGAGUCCAACAAAAUUGCUAUCAGGAUUUAAUAAUGUACGAGAACUUUAUCAGAAAAUAGCAGAAUGCUAUGAUCUACAAAUGGAAGAAAUACUUUUUUGCACGUUAAAUACUCACAAAAUUGAGAUGAACGAGUUAUUGGGCAGUCAGAUAGGAGUGGGUGAUUUCAUAUUUGCACAUAAAAAAGGAAGACCUAAAGAGAUAGAAUUAGUGAAAACAAAUGAUUCUCUUGGAUUAACCAUAACCGACAAUGGCGCAGGCUAUGUUUUCAUAAAACGUAUUAAGGAAGGUUCGGUGAUUGACAGGAUAAAAGUGAUAGAAGUUGGAGAUCAUAUCGAAAAAAUUAACUCCGCUAGCCUAGUUGGUAAACGUCAUUUCGAAGUAGCCAAAAUAUUAAAAGAAAUACCUAAAGGUGACACAUUUACGCUAAGACUUAUAGAACCAUUAAAAAAUGGUUUUGCCAAUAUUGGUCCACGUGCAGAUAUGAAGAAAGGAAAGAAAUCUGGUUAUGGAACAGGAAAAGAGACCCUUAGGUUCAAAACCGAUGGAAGUGCACAGAUUAUAGAGAAAGUAGAUGAUGCUGCUACAAUAGGAAUAGACAAGAUCAACGUGAUUCUGGAGAGUUUCAUGGGCAUUUACGAUACGGAAUUAGCUACUCAAAUCUGGGAACUGGCAGAGGACAAAUGCAAUAGUACUGAAUUUGCAGAGGCAAUUGAUAAUUCAGAAUUAGAAGCUUUUGGAUUUACUGAUGACUUUGUGAUUGAAUUAUGGGGUGCUGUGACUGAUGCCAGAUCUGGAAGACAUCGAUGAUGUUAACAGCUUCAUAAAUUACUAGGGUAAAAUAAAAAGACAACUAAGAGAAAUCAUUUUCUGUUACCACAAGCUUAAAAUCUGUUUUAUAGAAAUAUGACAUACAUAUAAUUGAAUUGUAAAUUAUUUCAAGAAGUUAGUUUUUAGAA